CAUGAUCAGCAAUAAUACUCCUCAUUCCCCAGUGCCUUGGUCCACUGGGCUCUGCAACUGUUGUGAAGAUGUUAGCAGUUGUUGCUUGACGUGUUGGUGUCCAUGUGUGACAUUUGGACGCAUUGCAGAAAUUGUGGACAGGGGAUCAACUUCUUGUGGAGUGAGCGGGACUAUUUACAGUUUGAUGUUGUGCUUGGUGGGUUGCUCGUGCUUGUAUUCGUGCUUCUAUCGAUCCAAACUGAGAGGGCAAUUUUUGGUGGAGGAGAAGCCCUGCACAGAUUGUUGCGUCCAUUUUUGCUGCGAGGAAUGUGCUUUGUGCCAAGAGUAUAGGCAGCUUCAGAACCAGGGCUUUGACAUGUCCAUAGGUUGGCAUGGCAACGUCGAAAGGCAGAAACGACUAGCUGCAACAAUGGCAUCGCCAUCGCCGUUGCCUCCACAGCUUCAGUCUGGAAUGACGCGCUAA